CUUGUUUUCCUAACCUAAAAAUAUUAAAAGAAGGAUAAAAGUUGUUUCUGUUUUCAAUUUUAUGUAAUUAAUAAUAAUGUUUAAGGAAUUGCUAAAUAAAAUAAACCCAUCAAAAUUAUCACGCAGCUUUCAUACGACGACAUGUUUAAAUGAAGUAAGAUUAUUAACUCGUCUCAGAGUUGUGGAUAAUUCAGAAAUUGGGAAAAGAGCCAUGGCUGAGGGCAAACCACCUAAAGUUAUUUGUGUUUAUAACAAACAACGUGUUGGUUACAUAGGAGACAGAGUUAUGGUUGCCAUUAAGGGUCAAAAGAAGAAAGGUAUUCUUGUGGGGCUAAAGCAAACCCAAAAGGUGAGGGUACCGAAGUUUGAUAGCAAUAAUGUUGUACUGAUAGACGACAACGGCACACCACUGGGCAACCGAAUUCAUGUCCCAAUUCCCACAAUACUACGCACCAUCCUCAAGGAACGUACACACUCUAAAGGAGCUGAUUACACUAAAUUAUUGGCCAUCGCCACCAAAUUUGUAUAGUAGUGUAAUGAGUUGUAAUUAUUAGUAUAGAUAAUAUUAUUAAACUUUACUGUUAUUGUAUGUAUAAUUUUAUUUAUUAUAUGUUUCAAUACAAAAGAACAAUCAUGCUAAAUACUAUUUACCUCUUGAGUCAAGCAGAAUUCUGACCUCAUGUCAACUGUGGCAUUCACUUCUACUGGG